AUGUAUGACGAUGAAUAUGGUAUCAAGGACCCUAUGGAAGACGAUAUGAAGGAUAAAUCCGCUAUGAAAUUGAAUGAUCUUAUAGGUAAAGAUAACUGGAUAGGUUUGAAGUUCAAGAAGCUUGCUAAAAGUAUAAAAGAUAGAAGAAAUCGUAUGAUGGAAAGGAAAAAUAAACGGAAUCUUAAAAACGCAAGAAACAAAACUCACACUAAUACCAAGAGAUCUGUUCCAGUACCUAAUGACUCCGGCAAGCGUGUGUUUGAGGAUCUGACGGCGAACUUGAAGAGAGUGUGCGAUGAAGCUGCCCAGGCUGUCCAUGAAACUACCAGUAGGGAAGUGCGAGCUGAUAAUAGCGACCAGGCCUCUUCACUGAUGCAACAGGUAGCAGGUCUCAUGUCGGAGAUGGUAGACCUACAGGUUCGAGAGAAGACGUGCAUCCAGUUACCGGAAGACCUGCGCAGUUUCCUGGCUUGGUUGACAGCGCCAAGCCCUGAAGAACACAACGACGCGGACUUCUCUGUCCAUACUUACGAUGGCGAUCCCAUGUCGAAUCUGCAAAAUCUCGACGAGCUACUAUCUUCCGACGCAAGGAGCGAGUGUCUCGGCACCAUACACGAUGUAGAAGACCUCAUAACGCAAUAUGACAGGAUGAGUGAGGAAGACAAGAGCAAAAUGGGCGGAGUGAGGGAGUAUCUAGAGCAUCAGUUGCACUAUCUACAUAUGCAGUUGUCCAACUUCAACGAGUAUGGGUCUUCAGUUAUGUACCAUGAGCAGAUCCGAAAGCGUCGGCAUCCAAAAACAUCAAACAAACAACGAAAACGAAAUUUAUACAAGUUCCUAAACUAUUACAAUAAGAAACAUACCAAACACACCGUUUUUGAUACCGCCACUGAUGAUUAUAGAAACAUAAAAGGAAAAGAAGUAGGAAAAGAAGUCAGAAAUGAAAAUGAUAACAUAAAACACCACAGAAAUGAAGGUAAAGGACUUUUUGAUAACAUUGAAAUUAAAGAUGAUAAACUUAAUGAAAACGUGGCUCUAAGAAGGAAUGUUGAGAGUGAUAUGAAGAGUUUGAAUGAUUAUUUGAGUGCUUUGGUAAAGGAUAACGAUAGUUUCGUCAAAUAUGAUACCUAA